AUGUUCGACAACUAUUCAAAUGAUCGAUUUGAUAUUAUUCGUGGUCGUUUCUCAACAUGGCUCUAUGUAAUACUUUUAAUCACUACGAUGACUAGUAUUAUAAUUUUUAAGACAAAAUCAUCAAAUUGGACAACGGUAACUAUUCAUUCGCCAUCGAAAAAGCAAUAUGAAGAUUUAUAUCAGCAAUAUUCAGAUACAUUACAAUGUCCUUGCACUAGUAUUUCAAUUCCUUAUGGAAAAUUUAUUCAGAUCACAUCAUAG